AUGGUUUUCUGUUCCUUAGGUCAAAACACCAUUUGUUCAAUGAUUCUAAAGGUAAUUCCUAUUUUCGAAUUUAGAUAUUACUUUUUUGUUGUUCGAACAGUCUAUAAACUUUUCUACUACUUAAGGCAUCAUAAACCAUACCGAUCAAAUUGUUUAAACAUGCAAUUGAAUGUUUUAUCGUCAUCUGAUGCUUAUUGUUUAAUUAAUUUCACAUUACCACGACAAAAUGCUUUUGCUAAAUUUACUGAUAAAGGUGGAGCUCUUUUUACAUCUAGAACACCAUAA